AUGUGUCCAGAUUUGAAAAGAUCUCCUUUUUCUCAAAAAUCUGUCACACAGGGAACUUCUGGGCUUGACCAGUUUCAAAGCCUGACCCCUGAUGAGGAACCACUCCAAAUUUGGCAACCUCGUAAUCACAGUGACUUCAGCUGCCCCAUCUGUCUCCAAACAGCUACUUUCCCAGUAGAAACCAACUGUGGACAUUUAUUCUGCGGUUCCUGUCUGAUCACAUACUGGAAACAUAGUCCCUGGUUAGCAGCAAUAACCUGCCCUCUCUGCAGACGAAAGGUGGUUCUUCUGGAUAACAUCUCGUGUGAAAAGCAACAAGAUAAACCAAGUAAACAAACUGUACAUGACAUUAGAGAUUACAACAAGCGUUUCUCAGGGCAACCUCGACCUUUUGCAGAUUACCUGUAUGACAUGCCGUUAUUCCUGACUCUUGCCUUGCGAGGAAUCUUCACCUGAAGUGGUCUCGUGUGGAUUUUUUUCCUAAGAGUUGCUGUUUUCUCCUUCGGAACAAUCAUAUGCUUGUCUUCUCCAUUUGACACGAAGCCUGGGCCUCUCUGUGGGAUGCUUGGAAUGGCUGAUGACAUGGUGGUUGUUUCCCUACUUUUAAUUUGCAUGAUAAACAUUUGUCAGCAAAUUGCAUCUAAUGGGGCAAAUAUGGCAAGGUCUGCAGCUCAGAGCGUGCUGUCAGAGUCCUGACUGACUCAAACUUGGAUUCCUUCGUCAAACUUCAUCAAGCGAUGACAGGCUUCUCUUUGAUUUGGGGCAGCAUAUGAUGGAUUUGUCAUUCUGCUGCUGACAAAGGCUGAAGCAGGACUCAGCAAUACUUGGCAUGGCCAAGUGAUUCGAUGUGCGAGCGCUCAGGCUAGUUUUCCACUGUAUACUUGCUAGACUCUUUCAUGCUGCAUUUUUCUGUAACUUAUCUUCAUACAGAGUGCCUGAACUGAAGACGCCUAAAGCUAUGAACAGAACUUAAAAUGACAAUGCCAAUCAGCUUGCAGUUGAAGAGUUUUAGAACUCUUGAGCUUUAACAUUUUACAUCUUGGCUCAAUUUGAAUAAAAUCUUAAUUUGAGAAUUUAGCCAACUGUACAAUUUGCUAAGUCUUGUAUAACACAGGGAAUGUGAGAGAGUAUCACUACAAAAUCUUGUGUCACUGUUGUGUGUUACCACAGCUGAUUACACAUGCACUGGAAUACAGAUUUUUUACAGCUCUGCAAUGGGUACAGUCCUGAUUUUAAAAUUGGUAAUAUGAAACUGGUAGUAACACUGGCUUGGAACAAAAACGCUACUAUAAAGUAUAAGUAUGACAGGGGGAGAAAAGCAUUAAAAAAUUAUACAAGAAAUGUGAA